AUGGAAUGGAUUAAACUUUGUUUGGGCUUUGAAGGCUUAUUUAUUGUAGAAGCCCAAGGGAGAAGUGGUGGGCUGGCCUUUUUGUGGCGUUGGCAGAGUGAGGGUCGGGUAGUGGGCUACUCAAAGAAUCAUAUUGAUGUUGAAAUUCAAAGGGAGGGUGAGGUGGCUUGGCGUUUCACGGGGUUGUAUGGUGAACCCGAUCGAAGCCUAAGGUGGAAAACAUGGAAUCUUCUCAGGGAGCUAUCUUCAACUUCGGACCUGCCCUGGUGCGUAAUGGGAGAUAUGAACAAUUUACUCCACUUAACAGAGCAACGUGGUGGUCAUCUGUAUCCCAGGAACUUGAUGGACGGCUUCGCACAAGCUUUGUUGGACAGCAACCUGACGGACAUGGAGUUGUUGGGUUAUCAAUUCACGUGGGAAAGGGGAAGAGGCUCGCCAUCAUGGAUCGAAAGCAAGCUUGACAGAGCUUUGUUCACUCCUAGUUGGGCUCAGGUUUUUACUUCAGCUCUUCUUCAUAACUUUGAAUUUUCAUCUUCUGAUCAUAGUCCAUUAUUACUUGAACCUAUUGUGGCUCCCCCGUCUUCCCAAUUUCGGCAUUUUCGCUUCGAAAAUGCUUGGUUUAAAGAACCUAUGUGUUUGGAGAUCAUUAAAUCUCAAUGGGCCGAGGGUGUCAAUUUGUCUCAAAAGUUACAAAAUUGUGCUAUGUCUCUUGCGGAAUGGGGUAAAUCGAUUACUGGGAAUUUUGGCAAAAGAUUGAAAGAGUACCAAAGAGAAAUUUUCUGGAAGCAAAGGUCAAAACAAUUUUGGCUAAAAGAGGGCGACAAAAAUAGCAAGUAUUUCCAUGUAUCGGCUAGUACACGAAAGAAGAAGAACCAGAUUUUGAAGCUGCGUAAUGAUAGUGAUGAAUGGGUAGAUUGGGAUCAUGGCUUAUCGGAUUUGAUUGGGGAAUACUACGCUUCUCUUUUUACUGCUUCAAACUCAUCGUGUCCUAAAGUCAUAGAUUGCAUUUUGCCAUCUAUUUCGGCUCAACAAAAUGAAGACCUCAUGAUGCCGGUUACGAGGGAAGAGGUGAAGUGUGCGGUUUUUCAAAUGCACCCGGAUAAGAGUCCAGGUCCGGAUGGAAUGACACCAGCCUUUUUUCAAAAAAGUUGGUCUAUUGUUGGGGAUGAGGUGGUUCGGCUGGUACAGAAUUUUCUUAGUCUCGACUCUUUGGAGGAUAUUGGCAAAGGGACUAACAUGGUGCUUAUUUCAAAGAAAGGGAACCCAGAGAAAUUGACGGAUCUUCGCCCUAUUGCUCUAUGUAAUGUACUCUACAAGGUCAUCACAAAAGUAAUUGCAAGUAGACUAAAGCCUAUGUUGGAUGGUAUUAUCUCAGCCCCGUAG